UAAGGGCAGUAUUUUUGUGUAGAAGAGACUAUUGUGGAUCAGCCAGUAUUUCUUACAGUCUACUUGGAGCCUUUGGAGUCCAUUUGACAUUCAGAAACCUGAGGUAUUCUGUCAAUUUCAUCCUUUUGGAGAAAUUUCUCAAGAAAUAUUGAUGGGCUUUAGCGUAGUCUGGUUCACAGCUAGCAUUUUCAUCAGUAAGGUAGUUUCCCUUUUCCUUGGUUUACUCCUACUUGUUGGUGAAAUAUAUCUUCUGAUAGCUUUUAAAAAGGAAAAUGAGAAAUGUUUGAGACUUUACAUGUUUGAAAAUAUUUUAGUUUUAUACUUGAUUGCUAUUUUGGCAAUGUACAGAAUUCUUUGAAGCUUAAAGGAUUUACCUUCACCCCAGUGUCCUGACCCUUAGUAAAGGUUCAGUUUCAUCCCUUGCACUGAGUGUCUGGUAAGAGUGUUCAAUCUGAAAAUUUGUCCUUCGGUACAGAGAAACUUUCUUGAACAAUUUCUGUAAGGAUUUCUCAUCUCUUCUCUGGAAUUCUUAUUAUUUUCCAAAUGUUAGACCUCCAGAAUUGGUUUGUUUUAAUUUUCUUAUCUUUUCUCUUGAUUUUAGUUGUCUUCCUUCUGCUUUGUGGGUACUUCCCUCAACUUAGGUCUUCAAAUUCACCUAUUGCAUUUUAUUUUUCUGGUCCCUAAUUUCUAAGAGCUCUUUUCUUCUUUGAAUAUUCUUUAAUAUCCUAUUUUGGGAUGAUACAUUAAAUGUCUUCUCUCUUUUGAAGAUAUUUAUAUGUUCUUGUACAUGCAUGUUCAUACAUAUACAUACAUACAUUGGUAUGUAUGUUUCCUUUCUUGCAUGUUCUGUGUGCUCCCAGCUUUGUGUCUUGGUUUGCCUUGGUCUUGGUCUGUCACAUUAGGCUUGUCAAGGAGUUAGAGAUCUUGGUCGUCUAUUCAUAUUCAAGAGUGUGAGCAAGGGCCCUCCCCUGCUUUGUCUGACCCACCUGAGCUGUUUUGCUGGGAAAUCCCUAGUCAGUCUGUUCAGGGCCUUAUUUUUGGCCUAGCAAGGUGAAGUCUUCCAUCCCUCGGCUGGAGGUGAAAUGCUUGUCCGCUGGCACACCGUCCCCCCACCCGCCCCGCCCAGCACUCUGCUGGAGCCUUUGCAUACUCAAGAUACCCCUUCUCACAGUUUAAUGUUCUGCUUUCCCCAGGUUGCAUUUUUCCCUCCUCAAAGUGCAGAACCUUUCCUUGGACUAGUUCUUCAGCAGACCACCAACUAUAAUGCUUCCUUUCCAGAACAGCUUACGUUUUUAACACUAUAAUUCAGUUCCACGUGUCUGUGUGCUCUACGUGCCUAUUUGUUACGUGCACUGGAAACCUUGUCCUGUACGGUGCUCUGUGCCCCAGGGGUGCUAAAUAAAGGCUUGCAUCUAGCAACUGGGUCCAGGUCGCUUAAUCCCGCGUGGGCCCGGGCCUGCAGGGGCCGCUGGGGUGCGAGCAUUUUCCGAGCAGCGCCGGGGGAGCGAUCGGCGGGGCCUGGCCCCGAGCGCGGCGGGGAGGGGCGGGACGGAUUUUUUAAGUAUUCAAAUGAGGACUGAGCCCUCCCAUCUCCCAGCCCGCUGGUCUCUAGUGGCUGGGAUUUUCCCCGCGGCUGGGGUUGCGACGACGCCCAGAUUUGAGGAAACGAAACUGAGUCGCCGGCACUUCCGGGAGCGCGGGCGCGGUCCACAGGCAGCCAUGGCCCAGCCGCAGCCAGCCGGCGGCCCCGAGGCCCAGUCCGCGCGGGCUGAGCUGCCCCUCCCCACCGGUGUCUUUCAGGUUGCAGAAAAGAUGGAAAAAAGGACAUGUGCGCUCUGCCCCAAAGGUCUUGAUUAUAGUGUCCUGUACUUUGCACAAUCAGAGAAUAUAGCUGCUCAUGAAAACUGCUUGCUGUAUUCUUCAGCACUUGUGGAAUGUGAGGAUCAUGACCUACCUAAUGAUAGUAGAAAUUUUGAUGUGGAAUCAGUAAAGAAAGAAAUCCAGAGAGGAAGAAAGUUGAAAUGCACACUUUGUAGUAGAAGAGGAGCCACCGUGGGAUGUGAUUUAAAAUCCUGUGCCAAGAAUUACCACUUUUACUGUGCCAUGAAGGACAACGCAUUUCUACAAGCUAAUGGAGCUCAAGGAACUUACAAGUUGUUUUGUGAACAACAUGUUCCAAAAUUACCUCCCACCCAAAGUGCCGAUUCUUCAAGAGCAAAAAAAAAGAAGAGGAACUCUUUGGCAACAGACAUUCAUGUACAGCUGCCUGAGACGACAUCCAACAGACUGGUAACACAAGCGAGGGAAGCGCCUCACAGACACACAGAUGCAAUCAUGAAAGUUCCUUUUCUUAAAAAAUGUAAAGAAGCAGGACUUCUUAAUGAUUUAUUUGAAGAAAUAUUAGACAAACUUCAUGUAAUUCAAGAAAGACUCAUGGGUGAGACCACUUCAGAAUCAGACUAUGAAGAAAUUGGGACUUCACUUUUUGACUGUAGACUGUUUGAAGACAUAUUUGUAAACCUUCAAGCAGCAAUAGAAAAUAAAAUCUAUGAAUCUGAAGAAAGGCAGCGGCAGCUGAAGGAAGAGACUGGGCUACUAAAGGACAUAAAACAAACUUUGUGUUCUUUUCAAGAAAACAGAGACUUUGGAUCAAGUUCCACUUCAGUAUCCUCCUUGUCCCCAAGCUGGGAAUCAGGUGGCUUCCUCCUGGUGUGUCCCCCUCCCAAGGUCUCCCACGUACUCCAUUUGAGAUUACUUUUCUUACUUGGGAGGUGGACAUCAGGAAGAUCAUGGUUUGACACCAGCCCAGGCAAAAAGUUCAAGACACUCCAUUCCAACUAAUAAAAAUCUAGACAUCGUGGUUGGUGCCUGUCACCCCAGCUAUGCAGGAAGCAUAAAUAGGAGAAUCACCGUUCAGGUCUGCCUGGGCAUAAACAUGAGCCCCUAUUUGGAAAAUACCUAAAGCAAAUGGGGCUGGAGGUAUGACCCUUGAUGGCACCCGCCUAUCAAGGACAAAACCCUGAGUUCAGUUUCUGGGGGAAAAAAAGGACUUUUCUCUCAUGUCACUUUUCAGUGUUUAAUUGUCUGUAUCUCACAUCACACCAUCAGAGUAUGGCCGAAACUCAUUAUUCCUGGGUUUUGCUUACUAUUAUCACUAUUCUUGGUUUUUUACUCUUUUCUUCAUAACACUAUUUGGCUCACUGUCACAUUCCAAGCACCUAGUAUGCUCAAUAAAUGUUUGUGAAAUAAAUGCAUUUAAAGUUCAUCAUUUUUGAGACUAGUUUCAGCCUACAUGGCUCUCAGAUAUAGUAACUUCCUGUCUAUACAUACAAAGUCUGUUUUUUAGAAAUUUUUCAGCUAGUCAUUAGAUGGACUUCAUCAUCUUCAAACACCAAAGCUUGCAACAGGGCUCUCUGAGUAAGAACCUCACUGGGAGUAUGUAAGAAUGGGGAAAAAUUAAGGUAGUUCUCAACCCAACAAUACACAGUAAGAUUUUUAUGUCUAUACACCAACCCCUGAUGACUUCACAUUCACAGCUCCCUGGUGUGUUUUUUUUUUUUUUAACACAGUCCUCUGAUUCACAAUAAUGCUACAUAUCAAAAUGGGUUUGACCUGAGUCCCCAGCAUGCUGUUUGGUUUAUAGUAUCUGUUGAAGGAAGACUAUGACAUAGAUAAAACAUUUCACUUCUGGUGUAAUGGCAACCCUGGCCUAAGUCGUUAUCUGAAGGACAAAAUCUAAUCAAUGGCUUCCACAUCUGGCUGCACAUGGGAAUCAGCAGGGGCACUUUCAAACUUACAAAAGCCAAGGCUCCAUCUGGGACCCACUGGAUAUAGAUUCACCCGCACCAGACGAUGACUAUACCAUUGUCAUCCUACUAUUACAUCUUAGAACAAGGCCUAUCUACUAGUAAUUCUCAUGUCCUGAUCUUUAUUUAAAAAGCUUUUUCUCCCACUUUUUGGUGGUUUAAACUUGGAGUUUUAUACUUAUGAAGCUGGUGUUCUACCACUCGAGCCACAACUCCAGUCCAAACUUUCAAAUUUAGUCUGAUUCACAUUAGGUAAUUUGACACAAUGGAGCAUCCUAUCCUUGGGGCUCUUAAAGUAACCAAAUAUUGGGCAAACUGCUAAAACAGAUCUAGGUAUGUAUUUCUGAAAAACUAAUCACUGCCUACCUUAUGGGACAAAAUGUGAACACUAAGUAAGAAAGUGUAUGUGAAGUACAGGCACAUCCUCUGGCACUGGGAAUGAAGCUGUGGAUCCCAAGUGUGAUGUGUGCACACACACGCUCCUUUGCCAGCAUUUCAUUCAAGGAGCCUUGGCUUAUUUAUUUUCUCUAUUCUAAUCAAACUUGCUUAUGCUAAGUUCUGGAAAGCUCACUAGCCCCACUUUUAUCUUUUGCUCAUGCCACUUACUCACUCUUGGAGAUGAGCUAAAAUAAGACUUGUUUUUCCCUGUCCUAAACAAACUGCCUUCACGACAAGUGCUUGUCCUGUCAAACAUACUUGCUUUCAUUAUGAAAAACUAUCUAUAAAUAUCUUAUUAUCAAUUCCUAACCCUAUCUCUCCUCUGUCUUAAUAAUCUUUUAUGUUCCAGGAGAGCAGGGGCCAUGUCUGUCUGUCUUUUAAAGUACCCACAAAGGAUUCAGACACAUUUUUCUGCUGUAACAGUUCAACUUGGUAUUUUUUAACUAUAGCAUGUGUGUAUGUGUGUAUAUGUAUGUAUAUAGAUACACAUAUAUAGAUAUACACACACAAUAUACAAUGUAUACAUAGUUGAGAAUCAAGCAGUUAUGUUCACAGUGAUACCUUUUUUUAGCUUGGUAUGACCUAAGAAUCUUACUGCUUAUUCUUCUAAAUUGUAGUAAAAUAUAUCUAACAUAGAAUUUCCCACCUUAACCAUUUAAAAUGUACAGUUCAGUGACAUUAAAUACAUCCACAAACCACCAUCCAUCCAUAAAAAAGUCAUCUUUUUAAAACUGAAACUCUGUACCCAUUAAACAACUCCCCAUUCUCCCCCAACUCCAGGAAACCACUCUUCUACUUCCUGUCUCUAUGAACUUGACUUCUCCAGGUAGAUACCUCAUGUCAGUAAGCCACACAGUAUUUGUCUUUUUUGUCACUUAAAUAUUUCACUUAAUGUCCACAAAGUUAAUCCAUUUUGUACCAUGUACCAAGAUUUCUUUCCUUUUUAAUGCUGCAUACUACUGGCUUCUAAGGGGGGAAAAAACAAGUCUACAUGCCCUUAGCAUAUUAUUUUAUUAAUGUCAUUCUGAACAUUACAUAAAUACACCCUAUAUUCUAGAGUAUCAAACACUGGUCCAAUAAGCAGUUCAAGAGUACAAUUAGGGCUAUUUUAAGAAAUGUGAGUAUUUUGGCUUACAUUAUUACAUCAGAUGAAAAAAAUCAAUUCAAAGAAAAGUUUUCAAUUCCUGCUAUGAUUAACAAAACCAUACAGAAAAAUAAGAUUGUAUUAAAAAAUACUUGAGUAUUUUUGAAGAACUUGUUCUCUUCACUACCAUACAUACAUUUAUACUCAUAUAAAUUAGUAAUCUGAGAAGUGGUUCUUCACCUAUAUUAGGAACUUGGUAAAUAAUCUGUGAACAAAUGAACUGUCUACAGAUGUGGAUCUGCUUUAAUUUGUGCUUUUUUUUUAAGAAGUUUUUUUUCAAGUAAGGAACAGUAAACAUUCUGAAGUUCUCGCUUUGUUCAAGACCAUAAGUCUACCAAACAGUGACUGUUACAAACACUACCCAUUAUAACCAAAUUAAUGUGCAUUCAUCAUCCGAGUAAGAAAAACUACCAUGAUGCAGAACUAAUGCUAACUUAGUAAUUCACUGGACUUCAAUCAUUUAUGGUAUGAUCAAGAAAAGGGUGCU